CAGCUUUUUUCAGUGACAUCAACGGUGAGCGCCAACGUAAGGGCUGACUUAUGGUCGUGUUGACUCGCUUUAGACUUUCCCGCUUCGCCUUUCCUCAGCUAAGAAAGAAUCAAUGUCAGAUGCGAAGACUUCACAGGCUGCAUCAGAUUUCUUCCGUCCUAAAUCAGCGUAUCAGCAUCCUGUCCUUGGUCCGAAUAAUGCUCAGGCUCAGCUCCGAAUGCGACUAUCAUCGUGCAUAUCCCCAUCUCCAUGUCCUAUAUCCCACAGACUGGUCUUUCUCGAUGCGGUACCGUCUCUGAGACUAGAGACGUAUAUACGGGAACUUCGGACGGCCCUAACACGAGGAACCUGUCUGACGCUGAAGUUCACGACAAUCGGAACAUCCAUCUCCUUCUUCAGUCGUUCCUUCGUCCUUGCCAUGCUCCCUUUCCUUUCUCGGCGUUCCAUGCACGGCCAAGUGACUCCGGACGUGCAAUGUCAUGGUCUUCCUUCGCAGUUCCCAUCUCGUCCUGCAUUCCCGCUCCUCAGUUCUCUGUCUCAAGUCUUGCAACUGCUUGUCUCAAGUCCAACACCAUUCUCCAUAUGCUCCGUCGAAAACACCUCGGAGGACUACGCAAUGCUCCUCAAUGACUAUGCCCAUGAUUUAGGAGAUAACCCUAUCGUAAGACAACAGUUCGUACAGCGCUGGGGGAUGGAGGGAUGGAGAGAAGAGCGAUUGUAUGCGCUUUGGGAAGCAGCAGCUUUCAAUGCCCAAUUCUUGGAGCGCUGGUCAGUCACUGUCCAAAAAUGACAAGGGCUGGUGAUUGUAUGCGCGAGAUGCGCCCUAUGCUGCAAAUACUGUACAGAUGUUACUAUGCUCUUAGAGAUCUUUUUCUUCAUGCGAAAAUGGACUAUUUACAUGCAUUUCACACCAGCGGGUCGUCCUUGAACAGGAAAUUCCAAAGCGAACUGGGAUCCAUGUAGUCAUGGUGAAUGAUGCUCACGAGCCAUCUCUCAUUCCGGAUACUCUCAAGCUGUGUCCGUUCAUGCGAGUCCGGAGGGUAGAACGAUGCCCAUUCAGCCCAUAUUGAGAACGCCUCGUCCUAGGAACAGUGAAUUGUGUGCGUACGGACGAAAGCAUACGACGAACCUUCCAGGCCAAGAAGGACUCCUUUUCGAUGAUGGUUGUCUGCGCGAUCUCCUGUCCGGGAAAGACGCCCCAGGUCACAGCGUUUCGCCCGCCCUCGGGUACAGUGGUAUGACACUCGCCCUAGCAGACGUAGUGGU